AUGUCACAUCACAAUCGAACACGCGAAUCAUCUGCUCCGCAUUCAGACCACUCCGUCAUCGCCACACCAAGUUAUUAUAACCCCAACUACUUCGGUUUGCCUUCUGUGGAACUGCCUAAAUUCGGUGGGGCCUUCGACGAAUGGAUAGGUUUUCAUGAUUUAUUUGAAUCCUUUAUCCAUGGAGAUAAACAUAUUCCCCCGAUUCGUAAAUUAUAUCAUUUAAAAAGCUGUUUGGUAGGAGAAGCGGCUAGUGUAAUCUCUUCCAUUGAAGCCUCAGCUCAAAAUUAUGAGCUGGCUUGGAAUUUACUAAAAGAUCGUUAUGAUAACAGAAAGCUAAUGCGGGAAAAAUAUAUUCAAGCAAUACUGGAUAUUUCUCAAAUAUCAAAAGAGUUUUCAACGCAAGCUUUCGUGGAUCAUUUACAAAAAAAUUUGCGUGCUCUCAAAACUUUAGGAGAGCCUAUUGAUGGGUGGAACUCCAUUCUGGUGGUUAUUCUUCGUAAUAAAUUACCAAAUUCGCUUCGUGAUCGAUGGGAGGAACAUAGCAUUAGCUAUCCUAAUCCCACCAUCGAUCAAUUUAUUGCUUUUUUAGCACGGCGUGCUCAAUUCGAAGCCACGCGUGCUCAGGCGUAUAGUUGGAAGCCAGACAGCCAAAAAUCUAACUCUCGAGCUCCGUCACAGCCAAAACAAGCUUUCGCGUUAGAGGUAUCUCCUGGCAGUUGUCUUCACUGUUUAGACGAUAAUCAUUACAUUAAUUCCUGCGCCAAAUUUACCGUUUUAACUCCAUUCGCCAGCAUCAAUCAAAUUAAUACAGCCAGUCAGAGUGACUCAAGUGCGCAGUCGCAGACUUCUCGCGUCAACUUGCACGCGCUUGUAUCCUCCGAGGCCCUACUGGCCACCGCCAUAGUGGAUAUCGUGAAUCCACAAGGAAUUUCAAAGGCAUGCAGAGUUUUUUUGGAUUCCGGUUCCCAGGCUCAUUUUAUGACUGAAGCUACAGCUAACUUUCUAAAGCUUGACCGAACUGAAGUUAACAUAUCGGUCAGUGGUGUCGACGAUCUAAGUACAAAUAUCAAGCACGCCACUCGCGCUAUCAUAAAAUCGCGAUUCAAUAAAUUUUCUAAAAAUAUUGAGUUUUUGAUAAUUCCGCAAAUUAGCAAAGCAAUGCCGUCGGCUCCUAUUGAUCUCACUGGGCUAGAAAUACCGAAAAAUAUCGUUUUAGCUGAUCCAGAGUUUUGUAAACCUUCCUCAGUAGAUGCACUUAUAGGAGUCAAUCUUUUUUACAAGCUUUUAAGUGUCGGACAAAUUAAAUUGAAAUAUCAGCCGGAGGCCAUUUUGCAAAAAACUCAGCUUGGGUGGGUGGUCGCUGGUGGUUUAAAUUCCUCGUUUAAGAAACCAAAUUUAUCAUGCCAUCUUAUUUUCAACAACCAAGUUAAUGAUACUAAUCUCACCCGAUUUUGGGAAAUAGAAGAGCUUUCCGCGGCAAAAGUUCUGUCCCCUGAAGAGCAGUUGUGUGAGGAGCAUUUUCUUCGCAAUACUACCAGAGAUACUACCGGUCGAUACAUGGUUCGGCUGCAAUUUAACAAUAAUGUAAACAAACUUGGUGCUUCAUACCCUUCAGCCUUGCGGCGUUUUCAAUCACUUGAGAAACGUUUGGUGCAAGAUAAAGAAAUUGGAAAUGAGUACACUGCCUUUUUGCAAGAAUAUCUAGAUUUGGGUCACAUGUCGCUUGCAACCGAGUCAAAUGUUGAGCACUCGGACUUUUAUCUUCCUCACCACGCUGUAGUUAAAAAAGACAGCCUGACUACCAAAACUCGGGUCAUCUUUGACGGUUCUGCUAAAACUUCUAGCGAAAUAUCCCUAAAUGACGCUCUCAUGGUCGGCCCCAAGCUGCAGGACGACUUAUUUAUUUUGCUUAUUCGAUAUCGGUCUCAUACUAUUGUUCUUACUGCAGAUAUAGAGAAAAUGUACCGUCAAAUUCGGGUACAUCCUGACGAUACCAAAUAUCAAAAGAUAUUAUUUUGA